AUGGCGCUGGCCUGUGAUAAAGAGGAUGACAGCAACUGUAUUUUGGACCCAUCCAAACCUGCCACGUAUCCCGGCAACUACAUAGACUGUUCCACAGAUAUCUACAUCAUGGAAGGCGAGUCCACUUGCUGUGAAGUCAGUGGGGUGAAGGUUUGCUGCAAAAUGGAAGAGAAGUGGAGUCGUGUGCGGUAUAUCGCUAUAGGCAUCGGUUGUACAACUGUAUUCCUCGGCACGUUGCUAUUCACCGUGUUGUGGUGUAAUGUGGAGUCCGAACCGUGUGCGGAGCCUAGAUGGAUCCUCUCUCAUUCCUGCUGCUGCAACAGACAUGGCCGUCGUCCGACCCCCCGGGAUGAAAAGGACUAUGGCCAGGAAGGAGACGAUGAUAACGACGGUCAACUUGAGGGGACACAAGACCACAAGAUGUCCGAGAUGCGCGUUCCCAUCAUUCAAGUAGAUGCUACCACAGUCCUCUACGAUAAGGGUUGACUGUUCCCAGUCAGGGUGCCGUUGUAAACAACCACCUUAGCGCUACGGCGUAAGGUAGGGAGUUAAGAUCACCUUACGUCCUCUGUAUCUCCAGUGCUCGCAUUUCUGUAAACCAACACUAACCCCUGGAUCCAUUUCCGUGUUUCUCGAGAUGUCAAUUACCCGCCCUGAACUUUCAUCAGCCAAUUUGAUUAGCUGAGCUACACAGUAAAACGGACCAAUCAGAAUGCGAGUUGCA